AUGUUCGGUGGCUUCUCGAGCCCUAACAAAGACAAGAAAGCUGAUUCCUCCCUUGCUGCCGGGCCCUCUCCGUCGACAGCUUCCAACUCAACCACGCCCACACGCCCAGCCGCGUCCAACUCGCAGGAGGACAGCGCCAGCGCCCACAAGACGAGCGAGAACACCCCUUCAUCCAGCCGGGAGAAACGCCAUUUCUCGCUGACAGACUCUUCCAAGCGUGCGUGCGAGCGUUGGAACCAGCCCGGUGACAAGAAACGGCGAAACAGCUCCGUUAACAAGGCAGCCGCCCUCUUCGCCAGCGCAAAGAAUUCUCUGCACCUCUCUAGCCUCAAGAGCCAGAUCAAGGAUACAGCUACGGCGUCGAACACUACGGCUACGGUACAGCAGCAGCAGCAGCAGCAGCAGCAGCAGUCUCAGGCUGCGCUGACUACCCUGCAGAUUCUCGGGAAGAUGGAUCCCGCCCUGAUCGUGCCUCAGGGCUCGUUGAACAACUCCGCCGGCGAAUCGGUGCCUACCUCGCGUUCCUCUUUCCAGGUCGGAGUGACUGAAGAUAGAAAUCGGAAAUGUCGAAGAACGAUGGAGGACACCCAUGCGUAUCUCUACAAUUUCCUGGGAGCCCCUCUUGCCCCAGCACGGCAGUCUCAGCCCGAUGCCGCAACGCAGAGCGAAGGUGGGGGGCCAGCUGACGAUGCUGCGUCCACCGAGGUGGUGGAAACCGACAAUGGCUACUUUGCCAUAUUCGACGGCCAUGCUGGCUCAUUUGCUGCAGAGUGGUGUGGCAAAAAACUACAUCUGAUUCUUGAAGACACCAUACGCAAAAACCCUAGUGCUCCAGUGCCCAUGCUCCUUGAUCAGACCUUCACUUCUGUAGAUCAGCAGCUAGAACAGCUGCCGUUAAAGAAUAGUGGCUGUACUGCCGUCAUUGCGGUUUUAAGAUGGGAAGACCGUCUCCCCAGCCCGGCCGCGUCAAUUGCUGAAUCAACGAAGAGAAAGGGCAAUGCAGACGACCCUGAAGGUGCCAGUAUAGAGGGGUCGAAGCAGAGUCUCUCAGAGGAUGCGUCUGUCGUAUCCCCACAGGACGACCAGCCCAUCCGGUCUAGGGUCUUAUACACUGCCAACGUUGGUGACGCUAGGAUCAUUCUCUGCCGUAACGGCAAGGCACUACGCCUGUCAUACGACCACAAGGGUAGUGACGAAAAUGAAGGGUUACGAAUAACCAACGCCGGAGGCCUGAUCUUGAACAAUCGUGUCAAUGGCGUUCUCGCCGUCACCCGCGCCUUGGGAGAUACCUACAUGAAGGACCUGGUCACUGGGCACCCAUUCACCACCGAAACAGUCAUACAGCCAGAGACUGACGAAUUUCUAAUAUUAGCCUGCGACGGGCUUUGGGAUGUCUGUUCCGACCAGGAGGCCGUGGACUUGGUGCGCAACACCAAAGACCCUCAGGCUGCCUCAAAGAUACUCGUCGACUAUGCUCUUUCACGCUUUAGUACCGACAAUCUCUCCUGCAUGAUUGUCCGCUUUGACACGAAGGCCACAGCGGAGGAAGCAAACCGUCAAACUUCCUCCAAGGACCUAAACACCGCUAGUGACUCUUCAAGAAGAACCAUGAGCGAAGCUGAUAAAAUCGUCGAGAUGGCCAGAAAAAAUGCAGCUGAGGCUGAAAGCAAAGCUCAUGCCGAAAAUUCGAUAGAAGAAGAAAAAAAUACCACUGAAAAGCCAGUAUCUGAUGAGACACAACAGAAAUCAUCCCUUCGUAACGACGACAAAGACAAGAUGACCAAACCCGAAUAG